GCUGUUCCUGAAAUUUCGGUCAAGGAGAUUUCAUCUUCCUUACCUAUCCUUCAAGAAUUAGGGUUCUUCGUUUCUCCAAUUCCCAAAUCCUCUUUCAGCGAAGGGUUUGUGUUUGAGACAAGCAAAAGAUAUGAAGAGAUCUCUGGGAAAGAAGGAUACAAGUUUCUUAGAGCAAUUGAUUCUGUACGUCGCAGGCGCUGCAUUGACUAGCUUGACUCUAUACGUUGGUCUCCGUCAACUUGACCCGAAUCGCGACGCUGCUAAAAAGGCUCUCAAGCAUAAGCGAGAACUCGCCAAGCGUUUGGGUCGUCCUCUUAUCCAAACCAAUCAAUACGAGGAUGUAAUAGCUUGUGAUGUUAUAAACCCACAAAAUAUUGAUGUGGAGUUUGGUUCCAUUGGAGGGUUGGAGUCAACGAAGCAAGCUUUGUAUGAGCUUGUGAUUCUACCGUUGAAGAGACCUGAGCUCUUUGCUUAUGGGAAGCUGCUUGGUCCUCAAAAGGGUGUUUUGUUGUAUGGUCCUCCUGGAACUGGGAAGACAAUGCUCGCUAAGGCUAUCGCAAGAGAAUCAGAAGCUGUUUUCAUCAACGUGAAGGUUUCUAAUCUUAUGAGCAAGUGGUUUGGUGAUGCACAGAAACUCGUGGCUGCUGUAUUUAGCUUGGCGCACAAACUCCAACCUGCGAUUAUCUUUAUCGACGAGGUGGACAGUUUUCUUGGACAGCGACGUUCAACAGAUAAUGAAGCAAUGGGGAAUAUGAAGACCGAGUUUAUGGCUUUAUGGGACGGGUUUACUACAGACCAGAAUGCGAGGGUGAUGGUUCUUGCUGCAACUAACAGACCUUCAGAGCUCGAUGAAGCUAUAUUAAGGCGUUUUCCUCAGGCCUUUGAGAUCGGGAUGCCUGAUCGCAAAGAGAGAGCUCAGAUACUUGAAGUGGUUUUGAAAGGAGAGAGAGUCGAACCAGGUAUUGACUAUGAUCGUAUAGCUCGCUUAUGUGAAGACUAUAGCGGAUCAGAUAUCUUUGAGCUCUGCAAAAAAGCAGCUUACUUCCCAAUCAGAGAGAUCCUAGAGGAGGAGAAGAAGGGCAGACAAAUUUCGGUUCCUAGGCCAUUAACACAGGUGGACUUGGAGAAGGUUCUUGCCACCUCAAAGAAGACGCAGGUUGCUGCAAGUGAGUACUCUGGUUUAAGCUCACAAUAUUCAGUGUGGAGAAGCCCAAGUGAUAACGACGAGGUCCAGGCAGCUAUAAAUGGCAUCUCAAAGCUUCUCGUCUCGCAGAUUAUAAACCAUCAGUCAGAUUCAAAUCAGCGUGAUUCAGAAUAGAAACGUGAUUCACUGGAGAUUUGUAUAGCCACAAAAGUAUACCAAAAGAAUAUACACUUUUUUUUCAAAUGUAUGAAUAAGUUUGAGGCAUUUCCUUGUUGUGACUUAUUUGUUAA